AUGAAGAUGACCAGUGAGGCCUCAUCCCUCCAUCCCCUGAAAGAAGCAAUGAAAAGGGUAGAGAACAAACUCCAGACCUUGAAGACAGAGUUUGAAGAAUUGGACUCUGCCAUGGAAAAUCUGACUAAAAAGUUUGAAUUUCACAGAAAGACUUUGGCAAGCCAGACAGUCCAAGAUGAGAUGUGGACAGCAGUUCUAGAGAUCAAGUUCACUUCUUUGGAAUUAAAUAUAUUCUACAGCUACAUCAUUGAAACACUUCACUACCUACAUUCUCAGGUGCUUGAGAAACUUCCAGACUUAGCAAGAGGGCUUCCCACUUUGGCCACUGUUCUUAAGCGAAAAAACAAUAACAAACAGAUUAGAGUUGUAUGGGAGACAGUUUUAGAGGCCCUGGGACUUCAGGAAGAAGAUGUCAAAGCCUUCUGUACCUUCUUUAUUGCACAUAGCAGCAAAGCAGAAUAUUAUUCAGCUAAUCUGAGGCAGUUGUACAUCCCUGAUGCCACCCCCAUAAUAACCAACAUGGUAAAGAACCAAGUUUUGAAGAAUAGUUUGCUACAUGCAGUUCAGGUAAUAGAGAAGAAGAAAACCAUAAAUGCAUAAAAAAUAACAAAAGAAAAUCUUGAAAAUGAUGGCAUUUCCCAUCUAAAACUAAUUUAUGAGUAAUGAGAAGUUCUAAAUAUUUAUGUUCAGAUAUGCAACUCUCUAAAUUUUGUUGCUCACAGACCAGGAGAAUAUUAAAGAUACCGCUCCUUAGAUCAUACUAACUUGAAAGAAUUGAAAGGAGAUAAGAUCCCAAGAGCUCUGAAGGCAACUGAACAAAAAACCUGAAGCUUGGAAUAGUGUUCCUUUCACCACAUAUAAAGAGUCCAACUUUAACAGUUUUUAAGUUAAGAGAAAAAAGAAAGGCUGGAAAAUGAACAAAUGACAAAAAAAAUAAACUCAAAAUAGAAAUUUUUUUUGGUGAGAAGGAAGCUCAAAACACAAACUCCGAAGACAACAAAGUCAAUACUUAAUGAAUCUAAAACCUCUAAAAAAAAUAGAAAUUGCUCUCAAACCCAAAACAAA